UUCGAGGAGCCCGAAUUUUGGGUUUGCCAGGCCGUUGCAUAUUCAUCCAAAAUCAACAAGUAAUCAGAAAAAUAGUAUUAGAUAUAAACAUUUGGUGGCUGCUGUAAAGAGUUCGCAAUUCUUAGAAGAAACCACUACGGAGUGAGGGAGUUCCAAUACGUGGACACAGGAAAAAUGUUCAGUCGUAUAUCAAACGUGCUGCGUCAAGCUCGGCCCUUCUCGGCACGGAAUAUACAAACGUUUUAUUUUCAGAGAGCUUUUGUUACUAGUUACACGGCGAGACCACAGCUGCCGCCUAUAGGACACAGUCGAAAAUACUCGGUGAAACCAAGUUCUUCUCGAAAGGAACAAGAUGAAAAAGCAAAAAUUAAGCCGGCGUAUCAAAUAACCUUCACAUGUACUGUUUGCUCGAAUCGGUCGACUCAUCAUAUGUCCAAACAGGCAUACCACAACGGAACAGUUCUAAUCCAAUGCCCUGGUUGCAAAAACCGACAUUUAAUUGCUGAUCAUCUUAAAAUCUUUUCAGACUCUAAAAUAACAAUUGAAGACAUUUUAUCCGGGAAGGGCGAAAUAUUCACCAAGGGAAUUGCAAAAUUCGUAGAAGACAAUGGAACUACGACAAAUCUGGAGCUUGAUGCGUCAGAAGAAGAACCGGGGGAGGCAUCGGACUCAACCGAGCCCGGUUCUUCGUCAAAGAAAAACUAGCAUUGACGUCUAAGCGACGUUGCUAUUAAUUUAAAGGUUAAGAGACACUUUUUUCGUUCUUUUGGGUAUUUGUUAGGAAUGAAUAAAUUAAAAAUUGAGUCUUACAAUGCGUCCCAAACAGUACAUUUCACGGAUUUAAUUCACUAUUUUUGUGAUGUUGAAUACAAUUGAACGGAGAUGUUUUUGAGCUGGUGCAUAUUUAGUAGUUUUAUUUUAUUUUAUUUUAUUUCUUUUGCUGAUUUAUUUUCAAUUUUAAUUAUUAGCAUAUAGCUUGUAGCACAAAAUAUUUUAUACGACUUGCAUUUCUACUCA